AUGUCUACUAUCUUGAUCUCCGGUGCCAACAAAGGAAUUGGUCGCGGUCUUGUCUCCAAGUACCUGGCUCGUGAUGAUGUGACUGUCAUCGCAGCCGUCCGCAACCCAACCUCCUCAGAGGCAACUUCUCUCGCUGACUUCCCCACCGGGAAGAAUAGUCGGUUAAUCAUUGUCAAGAUCGACGCUCGCUCCGACACCGACGCCAAGGCUGCAGUAGAGUCAUUGGCUAGUCAGGGCGUGUCGGCUCUAGACAUCGUCAUCGCUAAUGCGGGAGUCUUCGACACAGCCGCUUUCACCACCGUCGCCGAUUCCACUAUUGCGCAGAUCCAAACCCAUCUGGAUGUGAACACUGUUGGUCCUGUACGACUCUUCCAGGCCACACUUCCUCUCCUGGAGAAGUCUUCCUCUGCUCGUUUCAUCCUAAACAGUAGCUUCAUGGGAACGAUUGGAGGAAUUAAAGACAUCCCACUCAAGAUUGCGCCAUACGGCGCUAGCAAGGCUGCUGCGAACUUCUUUGUCCGGAAAAUCAAUUUCGAGCAUGACAAUAUUGCGACUUUGGCUAUCCACCCGGGAGCCGUCAAAACUGAGGCUGGAAAUGAUGCCGCCCGGGCUGCAGGAUACCCCAGCGCUUUCGUCGAAGUUGAGGACAGCGUGAACGCCAUUGUCGCCAAAAUCGAUGGCUUGACCAAGGAUAACGGAGCAGGAGAGUUCUGGAACAUUGAUGAUACCAUCAUCGGCUGGUAG